AGAAACCUACGCUUCUUUGAUUAUCAUAAUAAAUACGCCUGAACGAACUGCAUCAGUCUCGUAUCAUAGCUGGCCGAUCGCAGUUCGCCACCAUGAAGCUUGUGCUAGCUUGUUAUUGGCUUUGUAGCACACUGACCCUACGACUAGCAAACGGUUCCAAUUUACCUAAGAUAAUCACCGCUGCUCCAUCCAACCAUUGGCCAAUUAGCGAUGGCAUCAUGUCCAAUAGAAUCGAAAAUCACAAUCCUGAGGAUAGACAGUUUCCAAAAACAUUCAAUUUCGGGGCAGCAACGGCCGCCUAUCAAAUCGAGGGUGCCUGGAAUGCGGAUGGUAAAGGACCCUCCGUAUGGGACACGCUGACUCACAACCAUCCAGAUGCCGUAGUCGAUCGAGCCACGGGCGAUAUCGCUUGCGAUUCUUACAAUCGCUACCAGGAAGAUAUAGCAGCUCUCAAGGAGGUCGGAUUCGGCUUCUAUCGGUUCUCAAUCUCCUGGUCGAGACUGUUACCGGAGGGGGAUCUCUCGUCACUGAACACCGCAGGACUAGACUAUUACAACAAACUGAUAGAUGGCCUUCUAACGGAAGGCAUUGAGCCCUUGGUCACCAUGGUUCAUUACGAUAUUCCUCAAUACAUUCAGGACUUGGGCGGUUUGACGUCGCCGUUGUUUGUGAAGUACUUCGAAAUCUAUGCCGACGUUUUGUUUCGACAUUUUGGCGACCGGGUGAAGGUUUGGAUUACACACAACGAACCGUACGAUUUCUGCGUAGAAGGCUACGGCUCAGGAAUAGACGGUCCGAUGGUUCAUGCCUCAGGCGUUGGAGAGUAUCUUUGCGCACACCACGUUCUUCUUAGCCACGCCGCCGCGUAUCACCUUUACCAGAAACGCUACUUCGAUCACCAAUAUGGAAUUCUUGGAAUUACUCUCAGUGGUAGAUACUUUUAUCCGGCUAACAACGAAACUAAAGCAGAAGUUGUCGAUCGCGCACUUCAGUUCCAAAUCGGGUGGUUUGCGCAUCCAUUAUUCAGUGAAGCUGGUGGCUACCCUCCCGUGAUGAUCGAAGCAAUCCAAGAUCACAGUAUGCGUGAAGGACGAUCUAUGUCCCGGUUGCCCGAAUUUUCCGAAGAAAUGAAAGAAUACGUACGCGGUACGGCCAAUUUUUUCGCAUACAAUUACUACAGUAGUCGGUUGGUUGCAUUGAACACAAAGGAAUACGACGUUAAACCUCCUCCAUCGGUGGACAAGGAUGCCGGAUUGGUGUACAGCGUUGAUCCCUCGUGGAAACGGGCCAAAUCAAGCUGGUUGUAUGUAGUACCGGAAGGAUUGCGUGGAAUGCUAAACUGGAUAAAGCAGGAGUAUAACAAUCCGCCCGUGUUCAUCACCGAAAAUGGUUAUUCGGACGAUGGACAACUGGAAGAUCAUGAAAGAGUGGAGUACUACAAAAGUCACCUCAAUGCAAUCCUGGAUGCAUUGUUAGAAGACGAGUGCAAAGUAGUUGGAUUCACCGCAUGGAGCAUCAUAGACAACUUCGAAUGGCUGCGAGGAUAUAGCGAAAAAUUCGGCUUGUAUCACGUCAACUUCUCCAGCCCUGGCCGAGAACGGACACCGAAACUUUCUUCCAAGUUACUGCAAGCCGUUAUAAAGACAAGAAAAAUUCCUUAGAAAAUGUAUUGUUUUAACAAAUGGAAUACAUAUUUGCUCCACAAGCACGUACCUACGUGUAACAGGUUGAAACAGGUUAAAAACUUUCAAAAACUAACAUUUGAAGUAAAAAUGAAAUAAAAUCAGUGAUAACAAUCCGCUUAAACAUAAUCAAAAAUUUUCCAAAAGUAAAAGUUCUUUCAAAAUUGCAGUAAA